UGUAAAUAUUUAAUAUGCGUUGUUUGUGAAAUAAUUCUUUAGGAUUUUUGCCAACAAUUAUCAUAAGCAAUUUUCAAUUUGUUUUGUCUAGCUUAAUUUUUUUUGUUUAUUUAUCUGUCAAACUAUUUUUUUUGUCGUACUAUGAAUGAAUCAGGCAUAGAUUUAGGCUUUGAUCUGGUGGAUCAGCCUUCUUUGCUUGAUAUUGAUUUCGAUUUCGAUGGAUAUCUUGAUCCUCCAGCUCAAAAUUUUUAUGAAUUAAAAUCAACAGUGCCUCCAACUGAACGCCCACCAACAUUCAAAACAUCAAAUCCACAAUCUCGGACACAAUUGAAGUUACAAUUGAUGCGAGAACAGCAACAAGAAAUAGUUAGAAAAUCACUUCAAGCAUCACAAGAAUCACAAACAAGCAACUCAACAAACACAGAUGAUAUAUCAACAACAUUAGUUAAAGUUCCUAUAACAAGUAUAGGCAUCGACUUACCACCACAAGUUCUAAAAGUUCGCACUCAAUUAGAGAAUCCCACACGAUACCAUGUUAUUGAAAAACAGAAAAGUCAAGUGCGACAAUAUAUAACAGAAUCAUUUGGUAAUGUAUCAUCGUCACAUAAUGGAUUCUUUUGUCCUUCGUCUACUGUGCCAUCAAAUAACGUAAAAUCACAAACUACUAAAGUAACACACCUGCGAACAGGAAUUCCUCAAACGGCUCCAUGUACAUUUAUUUCCGAUGCCGAAGAUAAUCGAACCAUGGGUUAUGCACAUUUACCAUCGGACGUUCGUAAUGAUUUCUUUACUGGAUCAAAUGCGAGUCCAGACACUCAAACGGUUUCACCUAGCUUAAGUUCCGUUGCCACAAGUGCAUCAGAGGCUGACGAUUUACUAGGAGAUGUUUUCUCCACAUUAGAAUCAGAUACGAUGAAAACACUAGACCAAAAUGAUAUCACGAGUUUAUGCAGCAGUAACGAUUUACAAAUUAAACCAGAACCUGUUCUUCUUAGUGAUGCGGAAAUUCAUGCGCUGGCAAAAGAUCGGCAGAAAAAGGAUAAUCAUAACAUGAUUGAGCGUCGACGAAGGUUUAACAUAAACGAUAGAAUUAAAGAACUAGGAACGCUGCUACCGAAAAACAACGAUCCUUAUUAUGAAAUAGUGCGUGAUAUACGGCCUAAUAAAGGGACAAUACUCAAAUCCUCAGUAGAAUAUAUUAAGUGCCUUAAGAAUGAAGUACAACGUCUUAAACAAGAUGAAGUGAGACGAAAACAAAUUGAAACCCAAAAUCGAAAAUUAAUGCUACGUAUACAGGAAUUGGAAUUACAAGCAAAAUCACACGGAUUACCAGUUCAAGAUAUGACAUGGCAACAAAUAUCAAAUAAUUUGUCAUCAAAUGAAUUUGCGGUGUCAAAUGUACCAUCAACACCCAAUCCUAACAAUAACAACAUUUUCCGAUACAAUCCAAUUUCAUCAAAAACAAUAUUAUUAGAAACACCACAACUACCAAAGAAGGUUGAUGCACCGGCAUUAACCGUAACACAAAUGGAUGACAUUAUAGAAGAUGAUUACCAUCAUGGUCUACAAACUCGAGGAGAUCCAAUGCUAUCGUCACCAAGCACCGUGUACCAACCAAGUGCCUUAUUGUCACCUCAUAAAAAUCCAAUGCUGUCACCAGGAUCUCCACAUUCGAUUGAAUUAAACACCGAUCCAUUAGCAGAUAUAGAUAUGGUUGAUUAAAAAAAUUUUGAAAAAAUAUCGAAAAGAUUUUGAUUAUCUAAAGAAAGAAAGUUGUAGUUCACGCAAUUUUACGAUUUGAUUUACUGAACUGUUAAUUUUUGUAAACUUAAAAGAAAAAAGAACAUUUGAUGUAGGUAUUUAUAAGUUAUCCUUAUCCAUUUCAGUGUAGUAAAUUGAUAUGCCCCGAAACUUGUAUCUGAUGCAUUAUACGGGUUAAUCAAACAAAUGUUCGAAUAUAUCAAAAUCGAUUAAAGGUUUGUUAAUGCGUCACAUGGCACGAAUCAAGACCAUUAUGCUAAUUCAUUUUACAUAAUAACAUUGAUUUAAGUGGUGUAGAUGUAUACUAUGGUCGUGAGAUACAAUCAACGCCGCCAAAUUCGCAGAGUUAACUCUCCUCUUUUCUAUCCUUUUUGAUUAUCACAUCACGUUUGACGUCCAUUUAUACUAUGACCACAGACUUAUAUUAAAUAUAUACCAGUGAUCUUCAUUGCAAUUGUAUAAAACUAUAAUUACAGAGGUCUAUAUAUAAGUAAGUAUAAAACUAUACUUACAGAGUUAUUUUACAGAGGUCAACAUUUAAAAAAAAAAACAAAAUACAUUUUUAAGACACACAGUUUAAUUUAAAUCUUUUAAUUUUGAUUUAAAAUAACUUAUAAUUAACAAAAAUAUAAAUUCGAAUUAAUUGAAUUGUACUGUUAUGGUGUAAAAUUUAUUAUCAGUUUAUGUUUAAUAUAUGUCUGUGAAUUUAAGUUUAUUGUUUUAUAAAACAUUUGAACGCACCCGAAAUGCAAAAUAACCUAAAUCAUGGCACAAUUGCGUGUUAUGUUGACACAAGCCAUAAUAUAUUAGGUCAAGUUUACUUUAAACAAAGUGUUUUUCCAUAUAAUUUUAAU